AUGACCGGUCAGGAGUGUAAACAUCCUAUCAGAAUCCAUGGUCUCUGUGGGUGUUGUGGCGCCGAGAUUGAAAGUGGCAGUGAAGAACGUCUUUAUACGGUUUUGCAUAAUAAUUCGAGUGUACUGCUUAAUGUAAGCGAGGCAGCGAGAGUGAAUGAAGCAAGUUACGAGCGUUUAAUGCGAGAGGGUAAGAUGGUUCUUUUGUUAGAUCUUGACCAGACUGUAAUUCAUACUUCAAUUACCAGGAAGUUUUCAAAGUACUUUCAAGACCUAAGCAAGUAUCCAGUUGGGAAGCCGAGUAGUAGGGAGGAGCAGGCCAUUCGGGAAGUGUUAGAAAUAAAUGUCGAUGGUUUCACCUAUUAUGUCAAGCUACGCGAUGGUUUGCGGCGGUUUUUAGCUAAGGCAGCUGAGUACUUUGAAAUUCACAUCUAUACGAUGGGAAACCGGCCUUACGGGACUAAAAUGGCAGAAGUACUGGAUCGGGAUAAGAAGAUCUUUGGGAAUCGGAUUGUUACACGUGAUGAUAAUUUAGGGUGUUUUGAAAAGGACUUGGCCCGUAUAUUCCCGACUAAUACGCGUAAUGUAGUGAUUUUAGACGAUCGGAUGGAUGUUUGGCGGUACAGCCCGCAUGUCUUCCCAGUACGACCGUACGUCUUCUUCCGAUCGGGUGACAUUAACAGUCCAGAGAGUUUACAAGGUCGAGUAAGUGAAGAAUGGCCGGCUGAUGAGAGUACAAAUAAUGGUGAGGUUGGUAGUGGUAAAGGUGAGGUUGGUAGUGGUAAUGGUAAAGGUGAGGUUGGUGAUGGAGAGGCUGGCGAAGGUGAAGAAGGUGAAGGUGGUGGUCGUAAGGAGGAGUUAGUGCGGAAGAUAGUGGGGGAGUGUAUAGCUAAUUUGUUUGAUAAUGAGUUGGAUCGGAUUUUGGGACACUUGGUGAGUAUUCAUGAGGAAUACUUCCGGACACGAGAAGAUGUGGCGGUGAUUUUGAAUCGGCGCAAGAACUUGUUUGCUGGAUGUGUGGCUCGGUUUGUUUCUUCUUUCUUUGAAACGGAACGGCACUUAUCGGCUUUGUUUGUGCAUUUUGGAGGAGAGGUAGAUAUCUAUAUUGGUAAGAAGACGACCCAUGCGAUUAUGGCGGGGGGUGAGAUUUAUUUAGGUAUGUUGCCUAGUAAGACGAUUAAGUACGUUAGUGUUGGGUGGGUUUUUGAAUCUAUUUAUGCUUUGAAACGGUUGAAUGAGGAGGACUUUUUGUUGUCGUCUGGUUUAGGGACUUACUCGGCUGAAAGUGAGAGUUCUGGGAGUAGUGGGAGUAGUGGGUUAUCGGGUGGUGAAUCGGGGUUUUCUGAGAGUGAGGAUAAAUUGUAUGACAGUCUAGUUAGUAAAUGGUAA